UUAAAUCCGGAUACGGGUACGGCCCGGAAACUCGUCUCCCCCUUUUUAAAUCUGAGGCUGCAAGCCAAACUAGGGUUUUAGAAGGCUGAAAGCGUUUCUUCAAGAAUCAUCCAUCAUACAAGACGACAAUGAUAUACGACGUCAAUUCUCCGUUGUUCCGUUCCUUCCUCAGCCAGAAGGGAGGCUCAUCUGAUAAACGGAAAACUGAGGAGCAAAGGCCUAAGGAACACAAGCCAAAAGCUAAUGAGAACAAGCCUGUUAUGAACGAGUAAUGUUUUUGUGAGGGAGGGUUUUUUUUUUUUUUUAUUUGUAUUUCGUUCAUGGGGUAUGAUAGCAGCUGUUAUUCAGCUGUUAUGAAGUCGUCAACGUAUUUUGACUCUUGUUGUAUUGAUUUUGUUAUGUAACGUUGACGAACUUUACUGAAAAGUGUUGUGGGUUUUUUUUUUCCUGAAAGAGCGGGAAAGCAGGUAACGGUUUAUUUUAUGUAUGUUCUAUUGGAUUUAAAAUCUGAAUGAUAAUAGUUUCCCAAGCUUAAUCGAGCC